UUCCUGUCCAAUCGUGCGCGAGUCGGGUCAGUGCAGCCGGGUGGCGCCGGGGUCUCCCCCAGGACCCCGUUGGCCUGGGCCUGAGGGCCAAGCAGAGGACUCUGUGUGUGCGAAGACGCGGGCCCAGAGGCUGUGACUUGAGCGGAGGUCAAAGAGCCUGUAAUCGGUGGCGAUAAGGACACUGAGACUCAGAUCAGGGAUUCUGGUCCACAAUGGCUGAAGAUCAAGAGAGAGACUUGCAGAAAUUUCUUAAAGAUGUGGAUGAAAUCACCAGUUUAAUUCAGGAUAUGAAUUCCGAUGACCCUACUGUGCAAGAGAAAGCUGUCCUUGAGACAGAAAAGAGACUACAGUUUAUGGAAGAAGACCAAGAGGAGGACCAGUGUAGGACCACCUUGAACAAGACUGUCAUCAGUCCUCCGCAAGCCCCCACUCAGGAGGCCGGUGAAAUUAACUCAGAGGCCUUCUUGGCAUGUGUGGAGAAGGAUGCAAAGGAGAGAGCCAAGAGAAGAAGGGAAAACCAAGUCUUGGCCCAUGCCCUGAAAGAACAGGGGAAUGAAGCAUUCGUUAAGGGCGACUUCGAAACGGCCAUCGUGCGCUACAGCGAGGGUCUGGAGAAACUGAAAGACAUGAAAGUGCUGUACACCAACCGAGCCCAGGCGUAUAUAAAACUCGGGGACUACCAGAAGGCGCUGGUGGACUGCGACUGGGCUCUGAAGUGUGAUGAAAAAUACACAAAAGCGUAUUUCCACAUGGGAAAAGCCCACCUGGCCCUGAAGAACUACGGUAGGUCUAGAGAGUGUUAUAAGAAGAUCUUAGAAAUAAACCCCCAGCUGCAGACACAGGUGCAAGAAUACCUGAAUCAAGUAGAUCUUCGGGAGAGGGCAGACCUUCAAGAGAAGGAAGCCCGGGCGCUGCUAGAUUCAGGAAAGAACACGGCCGUGACAACCAAGAAUCUCCUGGAGACCCUUUCCAAGCCUAACCAGAUCCCCUUGUUCUACGCCGGCGGAAUCGAGAUCCUUACUGAAAUGAUGCAAGACUGCGCAGAACGAACUUUGUUCAGAACCCACAAUGGAUUCAGUAUCAUCAGCGACAACAAGGUCAUAAGAAGGUGCUUUUCCACAGCAGGGACAGAUGCGGUUGAAGAGACGGUUUGCGUGUCCGUUCUCAAGCUCUGGCAGGCAGUGUGCAGGGACAACGAGGAAAACCAGCGUCUGCUUGUGAUGGACCCUGACAGGGGCAGGCUGCUGCCCUCCCUCCUGGCCUCCGAGGUCCCGGCCGUCCGGCAGCAGAGCCUGGCCCUGCUCCUGCAGCUCACCCAGACUGAGAACGGGCGGAGCCUGAUCUUCAGCCACCUCGACCUGACCCGAUUGCUAGAAGCCCUGGUGUCGUUUCUCGACUUCCCAGAUAAGGCCAGCACUGCCAUGGGACUGCUCACAGGCCUGGCUCUGGAAGAAAGAUUCCGAGCGUGGUUCCAGGCCAACCUCCCAGCUGCCCUUCCCGCACUCACAGGUGUCCUGAAGAGAGACCCCAAGGUCACCAGCCCCUCAGCUCUCUGCCAGUGUAUUGCCAUCAUGGGAGACCUCAGCGCGGAGCCCGCUGCUCGGAAGCACAUGGCAGCCUGUGAAGAGUUUGAGGAGGCCUGCCUGGGCCUCAUGGCCAGGUGUGAAGAGGACAUGGACCUGUCCAGAGACGUCAUGUACACCCUGCUGGGACUCAUGAUGAACUUGUGUCUCCAGACCCCCUUGGUCUCUGAGGUCUGGACUAUGCAAGUGAGCAGGAGGUGCCUGUCUCUACUAAACAGCCAGGAUGGAGGAGUCCUGACAAGAGCUGCUGGUAUUCUGAGCCGGACACUCUCUUCCUCUCUGAAAAUCGUUGAGGAGGCCCUGAGAGCAGGAGUGGUGAAGAAAAUGAUUAAGUUCCUGAAGACAGGAGGCCAGAUGGCGUCACGUUACGCGGUGAAGUCACUAGCAAUCUGCACCAACAGCUACCACGAAGCUCGGGAGGAGGUGAUAAGACUGGAUAAGAAGUUCAGCAUUUUGAUGAAGCUGCUGCACUCGGAGGACGAGGUUCUGGUGGGCAACGCCGCCCUCUGCCUUGGGAACUGCAUGGAGGUGCCCGGCGCCGCGUCUUCCCUCCUGAAGACGGACCUCGUGCAGGUCCUGUUAAAACUGGCGGGGGGCGACGCACAGCAGACGGCAGUGCAGCUGAAUGCGGGCAUCGCGCUGGGGAAGCUGUGCACAGCCGAGCCCAGGUUUGUCGCUCAGCUGAGAGAGCUUCAUGGGAUAGAAAUUCUCAACUCUACGAUGAAGUAUAUCAAAGAUCCUUGAGAUACACGAUGUCUCUGCAUGUUUGCAAACUCAGCUGAGUGUGAACACACGCACAGCUACAUGCAAACACUACUGACUGCUAUGGGCUGUUCCUGUGCUAAUAAAGACCUUUUAAACAUCC